AUGGCAACUCCAUCCAGUAGCUCGAAUCUCAAACUCCUCAGUCUUGAUGGGGGCGGCGUUCGAGGACUCUCUUCACUUAUCAUCCUCAAGAGGCUUAUGGAUAUAGUCUCUCCCGAUCCCCAAAACCCUGUCAAACCAUGCGCGUGGUUUGACAUGAUCGGAGGUACAAGCACGGGCGGACUGAUUGCUAUCAUGCUUGGGCGCCUGCAGAUGAGCAUUGACGAAUGUAUCGAGGCAUACCUCUCUACCAUGGACGACGUCUUCCGCCGGAAUCACCUGGGCGUCUCAGUCAGUGGUAAAGUCCGUGGACGCUUCAGCACAAAAGCCUUGACCCGUCAUAUCGAAUCUAUUAUAGAGAAGCAAAACUGCAAAGGUCAAACACUAUAUGUACCUAACGAUGACCUGCCUUGCAAGGUCUUCGUUUGUGCAGGAGCUAUCGAAGUCAGCUCUGCUACGACGUUCACAAGCUAUCCUUCCCGUGAUGGCCAGUCAUCAUUGCUCCUCAACACCAAGAUCUGGGAGGCUGCUCGUGCUACCACCGCCGCGAGGUCCUUCUUCGAUCCCAUCGAAAUUGGACCCAUGAAACAGAAAUUUGAGGACGCGGCUUUGUAUCUUGUGAACAAUCCAAUCAACGAGAUGAUGAACGAAGCUCGUCAGGCUUGGGCGCGUGGCGGUGACAUCAAUCACCGGAUUCAGUGUCUUGUCUCGAUUGGUACCGGGCAUCCUGGAGUUGGUCCAGCUGGCGAUGGACUCUUGGCGGUAAUGACAACGCUAAAAAACAUUGCUACAGAGACGGAGCGUACCGCGAACCAGUUCAUGGCAAACUGGAGAGAUCAACUGGUGGACACGAAGAAGUAUUUUCGCUUUAAUGUUCCACAUGGCUUGGAAAAUGUGGGGCUUGAAAACAGUGGAAAACAGAACAUCAUUACUGCUUCUACGGAGUUAUAUCUUCGGGUUAACGCCGUUGACAGCUUACGACAGUUCGAGGCCAAUGUGCUCCGAGGAGCCUCCGUGGCAGCACCUGACUUGCACAAUGCAAAUCUAUUGAUGGGCGCCACGCCUGUUAUUCUCGAGGACCAGCCAUCGAACAGAUUAUUCGAUAGCUUAGACGAUAGAAAAGAGUACAUCAACCGGAAGGAGACUGAGCAAUGGCGGAAAUUGACAGUUCCGGCAUGGCGAAUAUAUGAAAGACUUUGGUACCAGAUGCCCAAAGGCCAGCCAGGGAGAGUGACUCUCGCAGAAUUUGCUACAGUUUUGACCAAGAACGAACUUGUGACUGAGACACACAAGUUCUGGCCUAUGCUACUCCCACUCGACCGACCCGCCGAUCCACUGCCUAAAGGUCUUGCCAUGGCGCUCCUCUUCAUGCUUCACCUUCGGAGGUGGAUUGGCUGGCGUCCCGCAAGACCCAGUGCUCAGGCGCUCUUCAUCCUCCGCAGGUUCGCAGAGUGGGUUGAUUGCUCGUGCGGAUGUAAGAGGAGGUGGAACUUUGCAAAUGACAUCGGGUUAGUGGACGAGCGCCACAUGCUCGAGGCGGCACGCAAGUGUCCGGCAAAGACGUUUCUCGACACACAGGCUUACGGGAUGAAAGCCGAAUUGUUUCAUCGACAGGGAAUGGACAUCAAUGUCGACAAUCGGAAGGCUUGGAAAGCCAGAAGGUGGGAGUGA